AUGCCCGCAGUCACUCGUCAGUCCACCAACUCUAGCUCGGCAGCGAACCGCGUCGCAAAGCCCAAGCUCAAAGACCCUCGAGAGCGCAGAACGCGCAAGCUUGCCCAUUUUGGUCGGACCAUGGUGCAAGUUUGCGUUGGCCAAGACGACCGCAAGGAAGUUUUCUCCGUUCAUGAUACACCUCUGCGCUCCCAUUCCAAGUUCUUCGCCAACGCCCUAAAGGGACCUUGGAAAGAAUCCAAAGAACGUCUCGUCAAGCUCCCAGAAGAUGAUCCCGAACUAUUCAGCAUCUACAUGCAUUACAUCUACUGCGGCACACUCGCGAUACUCGCAGAGAACAUGGAAGCCGACAUCAAAGAGUUCUGCAACCAAUUCGCCACCUUGGCUCAUCUAUACGUCUUCGCCGAGAAGAUCCAGGACACUGCAUGCAAGAACAAUGUCAUCGACGCGAUGUUGGCCUCCGUCAGGGUGAAGAACAAAUUGCCCCCGACUCGAAUCGUCUGCAUUAUCUACAGCGGCACGGCAGGACCAUGUUCCGCGAGGAAACUGCUUGUCGACCUUUGCGCGCGUUGGGCGAAGGAGAGCUAUUACAAGAAUCCGCGUCAAGACAAACUUCCGGCCGAUUUCCUCGUCGACGUCAUAGACAAGAUGAUCGAGUACAGAGGGCUGCCACGUGGGAACGCUGCAGGCUUUGAAGACGGCUCUCGAUACUACGAUACCACCGAGACCAUGGACGGCGACAACGCGAACGAGAAUGGCGAGGGCCGCGCUUGAGAAGAGAAGGGUCUGGCUUGGGAUGAGAGAAGGGCUUGGUUUGAGAUGAAUGAAUGCUUCGUUCUCGAUUUCUCAACACUUGUAAACGAGCUUUCGUUUCCUGGAGAUUUUCCCUCCCAUAGGGCUGGUCCAAGGGUGGGAUAUGGUGCGAUAGAGGCAGAUACUACUUUCCUUUUCCUGAUCUCUGUAUAUCAACUUCUUUGCUUUGGAUAUUUGCCUAUCAAAUUGGCAAUGCUGAGUGGAC